AUGGCCGCCACCGCGCAGUACUUGCCGCGCAGCGCCGCGCUGAUGCACCCCGACGGGGACCGGCUGCACCAGGGUACCACGUACCGCGAGGUGCAGAAGAUGAUGCACCACGAGUACCUGCAGGGGCUGGCCCCCGCCGCCGGGCACGCCGUCGGGCUGGCGCACCACCAGUGGCUGCCCAGCGCCGGCACGGACUGGGGCAGCGGUGGGGGUGGCGGCGGCGGCGCGCACCUCCCGCCUGCCGAGCACGCCAAGGGCGGCCCGCCGGGGCCCCGCGAGGAGCUGUCCGCCGCUGCCUUCCAUCACCGCCCGCACCUGGUACACCAGCCGGCGGCGGGCGGCGCGGCCGGCGGCUGGGCGCAGGGCGGCGCGCACCACCUGCCGCCUAUGUCGCCGCCGUCGGGGCAGCCGCUACUCUACGCGCAGCCCUAUGCGGGCCUCAACGGGAUGCUGGGGCCGCCGGCGCCUGCACUGCACCACGGGCUGCGCGACCCGCUGGGCGCCGAGGAGGCGGGAGCCCACGAGCUAGCGGCCUCUCCGCCGCCGCUGGGGCCUCCCGAGCCAUCGGACGAGGACGCGCCCAGCUCCGACGACCUGGAGCAGUUCGCCAAGCAGUUCAAGCAGCGGCGGAUCAAGCUGGGCUUCACGCAGGCCGACGUGGGGCUGGCGCUGGGCACCCUCUACGGGAACGUCUUCUCGCAGACGACCAUCUGCCGGUUCGAGGCGCUGCAACUGAGCUUCAAGAACAUGUGCAAGCUGAAGCCGCUGCUCAACAAGUGGCUGGAGGAGACGGACUCCAGCACGGGUAGCCCCACCAACCUGGACAAGAUCGCGGCGCAGGGCCGGAAGCGCAAGAAGCGCACCUCCAUCGAGGUGGGCGUCAAAGGCGCCCUGGAGAACCACUUCCUCAAGUGCCCCAAGCCCUCGGCGCACGAGAUCACCUCCCUGGCGGACUCCCUGCAGCUGGAGAAGGAGGUGGUGCGGGUCUGGUUCUGCAACCGGCGGCAGAAGGAGAAGCGCAUGACGCCGGCCGGGGUCCCGCAUCCGCCCAUGGAGGACGUUUACGCACAGGCGGACACGUCGCCGCUGCACCACGCGCUGCCCGGCGCCGUGCAGUGA